UAAAUUGAGUGAAAAUGCAUGAGAAACGGUUCUUUCUGAAUGGGUCUGUACUAGCCUAGAAGGGGGAAUGGGAGAGAGGUGUGCUUUAAGUUUAGCUAAGUCUUGAAAGGGUGGGACGUUUGAAGAGUAGAUCUUAAAACGUGAAGCCUUAUUUGGACAGUGGGUUUAAUCGCUAGGUGUGGGUUAUGUGUACAGUUUGGGCACAAACUCAGUCUGGGAAGCGUUUGUCUCUAAGAAGCUGAGCAUAAAUGGGCUUCCUGCUCAGACGGCGUUUGCUGGAGGGGGUCUUUGUAAGUUAAGAGAAAGUUAGAGUCGGUAGAGAGAGUGCAGGCUAGAAUCGGGGAGAGUCUGUCUGAGGCAGAAUUGCACGGCAGGUGGGGAUGUGGGGACUGGAAAUCUUGGCAGGAGGAGCAGAAAGGAGUCCGUGCACGUUUCCCGGUUGCAAAGCAGCCGUCGAGCACCAGUUUGCUCGAGAACUCUGCCUAUGAAGCAGUUCUGGCAGCCCCGAUGGGCUCUUAAACGGAAACGUUCGCCCCCUUCUUUCUUCUCCACAGCUAAUGAAAGGUACCGAGAGCCGCAUCGAAAUGCGCAUGGGCAGUGCCAGACAGGGUCCCAGGAUUCUUGAGCUGAGCCCAGCUGACAAGCUUUUGAAGAUGGCACAAUAACAGUCCAGUGAUGCCUGACCAUGACAGCACAGCCCUCUUAAGCAGGCAAACCAAGAGAAGAAGAGUUGAUAUUGGAGUGAAAAGGACGGUAGGGACAGCAUCUGCAUUUUUUGCAAAGGCAAGAGCAACAUUUUUUAGUGCCAUGAAUCCCCAAGGUUCAGAGCAGGAUGUUGAGUAUUCAGUGGUGCAGCAUGCAGAUGGGGAAAAGUCAAAUGUACUCCGCAAGCUGCUGAAGAGGGCGAACUCAUAUGAAGAUGCCAUGAUGCCUUUUCCAGGAGCAACCAUAAUUUCCCAGCUGUUGAAAAAUAACAUGAACAAAAAUGGUGGCACAGAGCCCAGUUUCCAAGCCAGCGGUCUCUCUAGUACAGGCUCAGAAGUACAUCAGGAGGAUGUAUGCAGCAACUCUUCAAGAGACAGCCCCCAAGAGUGUCUUUCCCCUUUUGGCAGGCCUGCUAUGAGCCAGUUUGAUAUGGAUCGGUUAUGUGAUGAGCACCUGAGAGCUAAGCGCGCCCGGGUUGAGAAUAUAAUUCGGGGUAUGAGCCAUUCCCCAAGUGUGGCAUUAAGGGGCAAUGAAAAUGAAAGAGAGAUGGCUCCACAGUCUGUAAGUCCCCGAGAAAGCUACAGAGAAAACAAACGCAAGCAAAAGCUGCCUCAACAGCAGCAACAGAGUUUCCAGCAGCUGGUUUCAGCUCGAAAAGAACAGAAGCGAGAGGAGCGCAGACAGCUGAAACAGCAGCUGGAGGACAUGCAGAAACAGCUGCGCCAGCUGCAGGAAAAGUUCUACCAAAUCUAUGACAGCACUGAUUCCGAAAAUGAUGAAGAUGGUAACCUGUCUGAAGACAGCAUGCGUUCAGAAAUCAUGGAUGCUAGAGCAAGGGAUUCUGUUGGCAGGUCAGAUAAUGAAAUGUGUGAGUUAGACCCAGGGCAGUUCAUUGAUCGUGCAAGAGCCCUGAUCAGGGAACAAGAAAUAGCCGAAAAUAAGCCUAAAAGAGAAGGUCCUAAGGAAAAAGAACACAGGCCAAACGCUUUCCAUCCAGAAGGCAAACAUUUGGCUGAGACCUUGAAACAGGAACUGAACACUGCCAUGUCACAAGUUGUGGACACAGUGGUUAAAGUUUUCUCAUCCAAGCCCUCCCGCCAGCUUCCUCAGGUCUUUCCACCUCUUCAAAUCCCUCAAGCAAGAUUUGCAGUUAAUGGGGAAAACCACAACUUCCAUACCACAAACCAGCGCCUGCAGUGCUUCGGUGAUGUCAUCAUUCCAAACCCACUAGAUACAUUCAGCAAUGUGCAGAUGCCUAAUUCGACAGACCAAACAGAAGCACUGCCCCUUGUAGUUCGCAAAAACUCAUCUGACCAAUCUGCAUCAGCCCCACCGCCUGGUGGCCAUCACGCUUCUCUGCAUCAAUCUCCACUCUCAGCUACCACGGGCUUCACCACAUCUUCUUUCCGCCAUCCCUUUCCGCUUCCCCUCAUGGCAUACCCAUUUCAGAAUCCCUUAGGUGCUCCAUCUGCCUCCUUUCCAGGGAAAGAUAGAGCCUCCCCAGAAUCCUUAGACUUAACUAGGGAGACCACGAGUCUGAGGACCAAGAUGUCGUCGCACCAUAUGAAUCACCAUCCUUGUUCACCAGCACACCCUCCCAGCACAGCUGAAGGUCUCUCUUUGUCUCUCAUAAAGUCUGAGUGUGGUGACCUACAAGAUAUGUCUGAAAUCUCACCUUACUCGGGAAGUGCAAUGCAGGAAGGUCUGUCACCCAAUCACUUGAAAAAGGCCAAGCUCAUGUUCUUUUACACCCGGUACCCAAGUUCCAAUAUGCUGAAAACCUACUUCUCAGAUGUAAAGCACCAUUCAUCCAGAAGAAGCCCAAAGUGCUUUACAAACUGCCUAUAUAGGGAUCACUCACCCACCACUGAAAUGCAGCCACCUCCGUGGUGGAACGCGACAGCCAUUCUGGGUCAGCAACACCACACAACAGUAGAUUUCAACAGAUGCAUUACCUCUCAGCUCAUCAAGUGGUUUAGCAAUUUCCGUGAGUUUUACUACAUUCAGAUGGAGAAGUAUGCGCGUCAGGCCAUCAAUGAUGGGGUCACAAGUACUGAAGAACUGUCUAUAACCAGAGACUGCGAGCUAUACAGGGCUCUGAACAUGCACUACAAUAAAGCAAAUGACUUUGAGCAGGUUCCAGAGAGAUUCCUGGAAGUGGCUCAGAUCACGUUACGAGAGUUUUUCAAUGCCAUUAUCGCAGGCAAAGAUGUUGAUCCUUCCUGGAAGAAGGCCAUAUACAAGGUCAUCUGUAAGCUGGACAGUGAGGUCCCUGAGAUUUUCAAAUCCCCAAACUGCCUACAAGAGCUUCUUCAUGAGUAGAGAUUUCAAAAACUAUUUAUGAAUGUAUGAGAAGUAGCAGUCCCCUUUUGAUGCCCAAGUUGUGUGUGUCUUUAUUUUAAUUUCCUAUAUAAGUAUAUCAUAUACAUAUAUAUGUGUAUGAAAUCAGACUAUAGGGGCUUUUUUUUUGGUCAGUUACAAGGGGGAAUAGUUAUUUUACUUCACCCUUCAGUUUACUUUUGCCCAAGACCCUUAACAUUUGGAGAAUAAAUGGGGUUAAUUUUCAGGGAGAAGAAUUUUGAAGUGUGUAAAAGCCUGUCUUAGCAAGUUAGGGCAUUAUGUUUUAAAAUGCUUUGUCAGAUUUAUUGCUUGCUGCAAAGUGGCAUUUUGUCUGAGUGAGACUCAUGUCACGGCACAAUAUUACAAACAAUGAAGUUUAUAUUAUGUUUAUACUGCUAAAGGUCUGAACUCUGUGAAGUUACUUCAUAAGCUUAGAGCAUUAUUUUAUUUUAUUUUACUUUGCUUUUUAACAAAUAAGGUAGAUUUUGUUUCAUAUUUUUAAAAACUACAAACAUCCAUUUUAGGUUCUCACUCCAAAAAGUGAUACCCCAAAAAGGCAAACCCUAUUCUUCAAGCUUUCCCUUACAGGAAUAACAUGUACCCUGCCCCAGUAAUUAACAUGCCAGGUAAUUUUUUUUUAUUGAGGCAAAGCAAUUUUGCACAAAACAGAUACUAUUCUUGCAGGGGGAAGCCAGUAAUUCAUGCACAAUAUUGUAUCAACCACACUAAUUUUAUAAUAUGGUCAGCUUACUUAACCGGAAGCAUUUCACUCUCUAUAAAGUAAAAACAAAACCUUUCAUCAUGCUAUAUUGCUGUGUGUUGGUCAUAUUUUAAUUGGCUCUUAGCUCUUGAAAUUUAUUCUUUACUCAGUUUUUUUUUCCAGGCAUAAAAAGAUUGCUGCCUAUAUUUGAUAGUUAGUAUUUUGCCCUGAAAAUCAAUUUUUUGAAUUACCUUUAUAUAGCAAAAGAAAGCAUUUUAGCCCAAAAGCUCUGAGGCAAAAAGGCCCUUUGUUUGUAGCUGUAAAAUAUAAUCAAUCUUUACCUAGUCACAAUCAUAAAAAUAACAUUUUUAUAAAAAUCCAGUAAACCACCCACAAAAUUUACAGUAGUGUACUGUUGGCUAAGCAGAGUUAAGAUGGCCAAAUUUAAUUUUUGCAUUACUGUUAAGUGCAUCAUCAAAAACAAAUCUAUCUGAUCAGAGUGCCACAUUUGCGUUCUAAAGCAGAAGAUGGUAUUGACCAAAAUAUGAGUACAGUGUAAAGUAUAUGAAAGUUUUGGAUUCAGCUGAAUGAUAUGUCACAAUAUGUGAACAUAAUGCAAGAAAGCUAGCUGCUAGUUUUUAUGCUUUCUUCAGUGGUUCUCCUUUUUCUUUUCACAUUUUCAAAAAGGUAUAGUGUCCAAUAGUUUGGGGUUGUUGUUUUUUUUAAAGAUUCUGUGGCACUAUGUAUUUGUUAUUUUCUCUGUCAUCUUUUGCACAGAUGCAGUAAGAAUUUAUUGUUAUUUUGAAUUGUAUUUUCCCCUUAGGUAAUUUGAUACAAAUCUAGAGAAAGUUACAGAAUAGCCAGUAAUAUUUAGACCAUCUAGGACAUCAAUAUUUUAUUUCUUUAACUUUAUUUUAAAAUUGCAUUUUGACUUUGGAGAGUGAAAGUUUACCCAUGUGACUAAAGAGCUGACCUGAUCAUUGCAAUUUCACUUCAUUUACAAAUACUGCUGAUAGACAGAAAUGUAUGAAAGCAAUUAUUGUCAGCACAAAGCCUUAAAAACCUGCUGACUUCAAAUUAAACAGCACAAUCCUGCGAUGCCCUGUCAUUAUUUUCAAGUACUGGCAGUAUCUGUGGAGUAUAGGCAAUGCAGACAAUAGCAUGGGAUGAAGUGCCAACAUUUUCACUAUGCAUUAAAAGCAAAACAAAUCUUCUUGAUCUUAAACUCCCUGUGAGUAACUAAUACUGUAGGCAUCCAUAGAGUAGACAGCAUGUGUCAUUCUUUUAUUUUGUGCAUGAUUUGGUAACUAUUACACUUCGUAAAGAUGUAAAUCCAAUCAAUUCCAAGUAAGAAAGAAGGAAAAUUGUGUUCAUGCACUUUUUUUUUCUUUUUUAUUGUUAUGGGAGGAAGGGGCAUAAAAUGCUCAAGUUCUAAUACGAUUAGUUCUUCACUGGCAACCCAUCAAAUACAAAAUAUAACACUGCAUUGCCUCCUUGGACAUAAUAAAGUAAAGCCAUACUUUAGUCAUACUAUAUGGACACAUUACUAGAUACCAUCUUGAUCUGUGAUAUAACCAUUACUUUUAUUAUAUUAUAUUCUUAUUAUUAUUAUAUUAUUUGGCUGCAAUGUGAUUCUAAUAAUCUAAAUAAGUGAAACUGUGUACUCAACACUAGAUGUUGUUGCAUUUAUUUAUUUAUUUAUAAAUAGCAUAAUCUCAAUAGUAAAUGAGGCAUAGGAAUUAAGAGUAGAAAUUUCAUUUUAAAGAGAGAGAAAAAUCAGUUUUUUGACCUGGAAAAAAAAAUUGGAUCAUUGCAGUUAUGGUGAUUUUACUGCGUUAUAGCCAUAUUGCCUUUGUGCCUCCCAAUGCAUUUAAAAAUAUAAAGAUAAAUAUACGGCAUAACUCUUACUAAAUUGUAAAUAGAAAUCAGAAUCUUUCAAACAAUCUCAAUACUGUUUACUUAAAAACAAUGGCUAAAAGGCAGGAGGCUACUUUUAUUGUAACGAAAAAAGUUUACGUAGGGAAAGAAUUUAAAAAUCCAUGUAGAAAUCCCAUGUUGCCAUUCAUUUACUGCUAAUUCAGAUUUAUUUCUGCAUAUAAACUUGAGGUUGUAGUCUGUGCCUAGACCUUAAAUGCACCAGCGGAAGGAUUAAAAAAAUCCUUCAAAAUACCAGUUUUUUCCCCACAAGUACAAUUGUUCUUGUGCCUUCUGUGGCUUACAAUUUUCAUCUUUUAAACAUUUUUUUUUCAAUUACUACAGCUGCAAUAAACACUAGAUUUUUUUUCCCGGCUGUUUGACAUAAUGUUGAUAGCUAUGCAUAUUUUGUGUCUUUUUAAAAAAUUUAAAAAAACAAAACAAAACAAAGCAGGAGAAUACGUUUUUGAAGAAGAGAAUUUUUAGAACAGUUUGAUAAUGCAAAUUAUUUUUUUCUCAAUUGUUUGAGCAGCAUUCAAGUUUUGAAAAUUCUUGUAGAAGCCAAUUUUUUGUAACUGUGGUGCAAAUCUUGUGUUUUCUUAGCAUAUUGAAAAGUAGUAUAGAAGCAAUAUUUCAUACGCAAUAUCUAUGUGUAUACAUAUACACACACAUAUACAUACAUGUAGACAUUACAUAGAUAUGUUUUUAUGUAUAUACACACAUAAAAUAUGCGUAUGAAGUGAAAAGCUUACCUUUUUCCUAUCUAGAUUAAGAACCUAUUUUAGACAUUUGUUAUGUUUUGUGAAAAGAAUGUUCUAUUUGAAAUUACAAAACAUUUAAUUCUUACUGUAUCUCUGGUUGUUUAAUGGGAACGUUUCACACUAAAUGGUAAACAUGUGGAAGAUGUUAGAAUGUAGUAAUUAUUUAAGGAAGUGUUCACCCAUGUAUUCCUGAGGUUUGCUUUGUGCCUCUGAGUAUUAUUUAAUUAAAAGUGUUUUAAGUUUGCAGAAUCUUUGUUACUGUACCAGGUAUGUGGGUGAACAUCGAAAACUGAGGGGAACUUUUAUAAAGCAAUGUAAAUAUUCAAUCUUAUGGUUGUUCUUGCAUAAAGACAUAAGAUUUUAAUAACUACAUUCUGAAAACAUCUGCUGAAAUUUAUAAGAAACACUACAGUAACUGUAUAGAUAGUUGAAAGCAUUCUUGAAAAUCCAGCUCUCUACUUUUAAAUGAUAAGUCUCUUUCAUCAGAUGUCAAGGGCAUAGGUGAUACAGUUUCUGUACAAUUACACAAUUUUUUUCUAUGUACAUGAAGUCAUUUAAUAGCAAAAUGUUUUUUCCACAGGUUAAUGUUAACUAAGAAAUAAGGGUGAAGAUUUUGUGGCUUUAAAGAUAGGAUUUUCACCAGCAGCAUUGAAAGAUAUAUAUAUAUAUAGAUAUAGAUAUAUAUAUAUAGAAAAAAAUGGAAAGUGGUUUACAAAACCCCCAAAAUGAGCACUGUACAUGAGAAGUGAAAGCAAAAACUAUAUUUGCCAUGUGUAUUAUAUAGAAAUCAUUGGUGUUAAUAGUGCAAAUGUUUCCUUCUGGUACCAACUAUGUGUUUGAAAAUUCCAAUAAGCAUUGUUUUCAAAAAGCUCCCCUUAAGGAAUGUAACUGGUUUAUAUGAGUAAGCAGUUACUGUAUUGCACUUAAAUGUUCUGUUGAAGGAAAUGCAAUUUUGUUUUCUGUAGAACUGUUGGUUGUAAACCAUCUAUAAACUGAAGCUGAAAAUGCUCAUAUUUAGAACUGGGAUGAAAACUGGUAUUUAACCUUUGCAUCUUCUUAGGAAUAUCUUUUUUAAUGUAUGAAAGGUGGUGGCAUUGUGACUUUUUAGUCUCUUCAUCUGAGCCACAAUCACCUCUCUUCCCUAAGCAGCCACCUUCAAAAAUGCACAAUUGUACUAGGAUACGAAGAAGCAAAUCUAGAAGAAACAACAAGUUGAUAUUUUACCUAAAACCCAUCCUUGCUGCAAAUUUUAAAAUGCAUUAAAGUACUGCUCAAGUGGGGAAAAACCCAACAACAAAAACUAUAACAAGAAUUUAUUAUUUUCAUGUAAUAUGAAAUCAGGAGUCAGAAAAAUGCAUCUUAAGUUGGUUUUACUGCUGCCCAGAAGAGUCAAAGGUUAAGGUUUAAACUGAUAUUGUCCCAGCCAUUACUCAUAUGUAUAUAGUUACAAAAGUGACAAAACACUGCCUUUAUAUUAUUUAGCAAUAUGUUGUAAAUAGCAUUAUUAAGCUCUUUUUUGUAAUAAAGACCCUUUAAUUUGAAGAUAGAACAAUAACUGAACUGAUAAAGUCAAUUUUUGAUUUUUUUAUUUUAUUUUUUAGCUAGAGGCAAUUUCAACUGUGGAUUUUUUGUUGUUGUUGUCUAUUGUUCUGAAGACUUUGCAUAAUUUAUUGGUUUAAUUUAUCCUAAUUUAUUUGAUGAAGGUGUACAAUUUUGUAUUACCAAGGAUGUACUGUAAUAUUAAUUGAUGAUAUGAUAAAAACAAUAAGACUCCCCUGUCCAUAUGGAAAAAAAAGUGCAGUAGACAAUUGACUGAAAAAAAGUUACAAUUCUAGCUUGGCAGCUACUAAAUUAAAAAGAAAAGAAACAGGAAAAAAAUUGGGGGGGGGGGGAUUUUAUUUUGUGUGUUUUAAGCUUUUGUAUACUCUCCAGACUUUUACCUUUUUGCUUUGUACCACUUAAAGGAUACAGUAGUUCAAUUGCCUUGUGUGCCUUCCAUCUUCUCUAAACUGAAUGUAUGUGCAGUAUAUAUGCAAGCUUGUGCAAAAUAAAAUAUAAA